AAUAUCAAAUCAGCGAAAAACAAGUGUCGUCAGUUAAUCGUCAGUGGUUGCAUCGGUUGCAUCGAUAACCGAUAACCGAUAGGCACACACACCUACACACCUACACACCCACACCUUACACAAACAAAAAAUGGAUUCGCUGGAGCGUCUAAUGCGAGCCGCCCCCUUGCCCCGCAUGCUGACAAGCGGCGUUGUGGCCACAGCCGCCGCUGCCGCUGCCAGCGCCGCUGCCGGCGUCAAGGGCGUCGUUGGCGUUGGCAUCGCCGGCAGCAUGGCGGCAGGGCAGCAACAGCAGCACCAACAGCAGCAGCGUGCCCUCGUCCACGCCUCGCUGGCGGCGGCGACAGUGGGACGCAAGGGACGACAUUUGACCGGCACAUUUUGCCUCACCGGCGACACCAUGGAGGGCAUCAUACAGUGUUUGGUAUUUCUCAAAGCAUUCUCGCUGGUCGGCGGUGAAUUCGAUAUGGAAUUGAAUUUUGUGAUACAGGAUGCGCAGAAUAUUAAACAUAUGCUCGAGCUGCUGGAUCAUUGUCCGCCCAAUUUGCAGGCCGAGAUCUGGAGCGUGUUUAUUGCGAUUCUGCGAAAGAGCGUUCGCAAUCUGCAAGCGUGCACAGACGUUGGACUCAUCGAGCAUGUGCUCGUCCGCCUGCAACGCUCCGAGACCGUUGUGGCAGAUUUGCUCAUCGAGAUGCUGGGCGUAUUGGCGAGCUACAGCAUAACGGUUAAGGAGCUCAAACUGCUCUUUGGCACGAUGAAGGCCAACAAUGGCAAAUGGCCGCGUCAUUCGGCCAAAUUGUUGAAUGUGCUGAGGCAAAUGCCGCAUCGCAAUGGGCCGGAUGUGUUCUUCAGUUUCCCUGGACGCAAGGGAUCGGCAAUGGUUCUGCCACCGCUGGCCAAGUGGCCCUAUGAGAAUGGAUUUACCUUCACCACCUGGUUUCGAUUGGAUCCAAUUAAUUCGGUGAACAUUGAGCGCGAGAAACCGUAUCUCUACUGCUUCAAGACAUCGAAGGGCGUCGGUUACACGGCUCACUUUGUGGGCAACUGUCUCGUUCUCACAUCCAUGAAGGUCAAGGGCAAGGGCUUUCAGCAUUGUGUCAAAUAUGAAUUCCAGCCCCGCAAGUGGUAUAUGAUUGCCAUAGUGUAUAUAUACAAUCGUUGGACGAAGAGCGAAAUCAAGUGCCUCGUGAAUGGACAGCUGGCGUCGUCAACCGAAAUGGCCUGGUUUGUUUCCACAAACGAUCCCUUUGACAAGUGUUACAUUGGCGCCACGCCGGAAUUGGACGAGGAGCGCGUCUUCUGUGGCCAAAUGUCGGCAAUUUAUUUGUUCAGCGAGGCGCUGACAACGCAACAGAUCUGCGCCAUGCAUCGCCUGGGGCCGGGCUACAAGUCGCAAUUCCGCUUCGAUAACGAGUGCUAUCUGAAUCUGCCGGACAAUCACAAGCGGGUGAGUCACUUUCAACUAACAACGAGUUUGGGCGGUGCCGGCAGCCUCGACGUCGCUGCCCCAAUCGGUGGCAGUGGCAGUGGCAGUGGCAGCAACAACAACAACAACGCUGCUGCCUCAGGCACCACAACGGGUGCCACAUCGCAGCAGCAGACACAGCAGCAACAGCUGCAGCAGCAGCAACAGUUGCAGCUGCAAUUGCAAUUCCAAACACUUGCCGCCGAGCAAGAGGCACGUGCCAUCGAUUGGUCCGAUGAGCGACUCGAUUUGAGUGCCGCAUUCGUCAAGAUACGCGCUGUGCUCAUCGCACGCAAUGCGGUGGCAUUGGCUGCCGUCACGGGAGCAACUGCAGCUGCUGCUGCUGCAACCACAGCAGCGGCAACAGCAGCCACAACAACAGCUGCCAAAGGCGAGGCAACAACAUCACCGGCAGCUGCCACGCCUACAACGCCCACCGAUCAGCAGGCAGCGAGUGGCAACCACAACAACCACAACAACAACAGCAACAACAACACUUCGACGGAUGAUCCACUUGGCCAUUUGCCAACUGGAAAUGCUUCUUUUGAGCAACUGCGUCGCAUGUCCAGUGUGACCAGCCUGAGUUCCCUGGGCGCCAGCGCCGCCGACACUGAGGAAAUCAACCAGCUAAAAGCUGUGCUGUACGAUGGCAAACUAUCGAAUGCCAUUGUCUUCAUGUACAAUCCAGUGGCAACCGAUGGUCAACUCUGUUUGCAGUCUUCCCCCAAAGGAAAUGUUUCAUAUUUUGUACACACGCCGCACGCACUGAUGCUGCAGGAUGUCAAGGCUGUGGUCACGCAUUCGAUACACUGCACCCUCAACUCGAUUGGCGGCAUUCAGGUGCUGUUUCCGCUCUUCUCACAGCUGGACAUGGCGCACGAGGGCAUCAGCGACAUCAAACGAGAUCCGACGCUCUGCUCGAAGCUGUUGGGAUUCAUCUGUGAGCUGGUGGAGACAUCGCAGACGGUGCAACAGCACAUGAUACAGAAUCGUGGCUUUCUGGUGAUAUCCUUUAUGCUGCAGCGAUCGUCGCGCGAGCAUCUGACCCUCGAGGUCCUUGGAUCGUUUCUCAAUCUGACCAAAUAUCUGGUCACGUGCCUCUCGGCCAACAGUGAUUUGCUGCUGAAACAGUUGUUCUGUUUCUCAUUUCUCACGUGGCAGCUGCUCGAUCACGUGCUCUUCAAUCCGGCCUUGUGGAUCUAUACGCCAGCCAAUGUCCAGGCCCGUCUCUAUUCCUAUCUGGCCACCGAGUUUCUCAGCGAUACACAGAUCUAUAGCAAUGUGCGACGAGUCAGCACCGUUCUCCAAACGGUUCACACUCUCAAGUAUUACUAUUGGGUCGUCAAUCCACGCGCCAAGAGCGGCAUCAUUCCCAAGGGUUUAGAUGGACCGCGACCGGCUCAGAAGGAUAUUCUGGCCAUACGCGCCUAUAUUCUGCUCUUCCUCAAGCAGCUGAUCAUGAUCGGCAAUGGAGUCAAGGAGGAUGAAUUGCAAAGCAUACUCAACUAUCUGACCACCAUGCAUGAGGACGAGAACCUGCACGAUGUGCUGCAAAUGCUCAUCUCAUUAAUGUCGGAGCACCCGAGCUCCAUGGUACCUGCAUUCGAUGUGAAGCACGGUGUGCGCAGCAUCUUCAAGCUGCUGGCGGCCGAAAGUCAAUUGAUUCGCCUCCAGGCCCUCAAGCUGCUCGGCUUUUUCCUCUCUCGCAGCACACACAAGCGUAAGUACGAUGUCAUGUCGCCGCACAAUUUGUACACACUGCUGGCGGAGCGAUUGCUGUUGUACGAGGAGUCGCUGUCCCUGCCCACAUACAAUGUGCUCUACGAGAUUAUGACGGAGCACAUAUCACAGCAGAUACUCUACACGCGUCAUCCGGAGCCCGAGAGUCAUUAUCGCCUCGAGAAUCCAAUGAUACUGAAAGUGGUCGCCACGCUGAUACGACAAUCGAAGCAGACCGAAUCCCUCAUCGAGGUGAAGAAGCUCUUCCUGCAGGACAUGACGCUGCUGUGCAACAGCAAUCGUGAGAAUCGUCGCACCGUCCUCCAGAUGUCCGUGUGGCAAGAGUGGCUCAUUGCCAUGGCCUACAUCCAUCCGAAGAACACCGAGGAGCAAAAGAUUAGCGACAUGGUCUAUUCGCUGUUCCGCAUGCUGCUGCAUCAUGCCAUCAAGCACGAAUACGGCGGCUGGCGAGUCUGGGUCGACACGUUGGCCAUUGUGCACUCGAAGGUCUCCUACGAGGAGUUCAAACUGCAGUUUGCCCAAAUGUACGAACAUUACGAGCGUCAGCGUACCGACAACAUCACCGAUCCAGCACUGCGUCAGGCACGUCCCAUUAGCACAAUCAGUGGCUGGGAGCGUGAGGAGCUGCAGCAACAGCAAAACGGACCGGUUCCAGCUGUGCAACAGCAGCAGCAGCAACAACAGCCACAACAGCAACAGGUGCCAGCUAUUAAGGGCGCUGUGUCGAUAGCCUCGCUCGAGGAUGUGCCGCCCGUCCAGGAGGAAGAGGCCGAGGAACUGGAGCUGGAGAGCAUCGAUGUGGAGCCACAGCAACUGCAACUGCCCAGCGAUGUGACCAGCGAGUCCUGCGAGUCGUGUGCAGCCAACGGGGAGACAACCACAGAGACAACAGCUGUGCCCGCAACCGUUGCUGCUCCCUCGGUGAGUGGAGAGUCGGAGCCGGGUAAUAAGUCGGUGAUUGCAAACAUCUCGGAUGUGUACAACGAGCAAAUCAAAACGGAUGAAGCGCUGCAGGCGACACCAGCGAAUGCCAACUGCAAUGGCAGCCUUAGUCCCAGUCCCGAGGACAAGCCAGAGCAGCCGAUUGGUGGUCAGGCAGCGCUCAAGGAGACGCUGCAGCUGGGCGAUGAUCUCGAGGAGUUGGAGCUGGCCACCGCCAAGGAUGCGCUCGAUGUGGAGCAGCAUGUGGCGAGUGUGCUGCAAGCCUCCGAAGCGGCAUUGAAUGACUGUAAAAUGGUCGUGGAUGAUGUGCUCCAAGAGUCAUCGUCGGUGCUCAAAGACGAGGAGAUCGAGCUGGCCGUCAAUGAAGUGGUCCAGGGUGUCCUCAAGAGCGAGAAGAAGACCGCCCAGGACAAUGUGAGUCUGUUGAACAGCAAGAACCUGCUGAACAACAACAACAAUCCCAGCGAGCAAGAACAGUCACAGCAACAGCAACAGCAGCAACCGGAAACCGAGGUGAAUGCCAAUGAAGUUGGCAGCGAACAACAGCCAAGUCUGGGCACUACAACAACAACAACGACGAAAACGACGACGACGACGAAGGAAACGGAUUCCGAGUCGGAGAAGAAACCCGAAGCAGAGACAAAGACGGAGACGUCGAACACAGCCGCAGCAGCAACCAAUCAAAAGACUGAAGAUGCCGAGGCCAACAAGCUGAACAACAACGAGAAGCUCACGGCCAGCCAGCCAGAGACAACGCCAGCUCCCGCUCCCGCUCCCGUUGAGCUGGAGCUGAGCUCAUCGCUAAGCACAACCAUUGAGAGCAGCAGCGAUGAAUUGACAGCCUGCCUAACUCCCGAAAGUCCCGAGGAAGGUUCCAUCGAACCGCAGCCCGAGCUCGAUGAACAGCCCGAGGAUGUGGUUGCCACAGCAGUGCGUGACAUUGUUGAGCAGCUGAUCGACAAGGUCAUCGAUGCUGCCGAGAAGGAAGCCAAACAGGACACUACAAGCGAAACCGAGAAAGAGACCGUAAAGGAAACGGAAACCAACAACAACGAGUUGCCACAGAAAGAAGCCGAAACGCAGCCAGAAAAGACAGAAACAACAGAAAAGACAACAGCAGAAACAAAGACAGAAACAGUUGCUGAGACAAAGACAGCAACAGCAACAGCAGCAGAGACAGCGACAGCGACAAUUGCAGAUACAACUUCAGAGUCCAAGGACAAAUCGGAGUUAGUUGAGGACUUGAAUCAGUCGCCAAAGUCAGAGCUAGAACCAGAACCAGAACAAGAGAGCGUUGCUGAGGCAGCCAAAGAAAUCAUACAAGAAGUCGUUGAGGCGGCUCUGGACUUGGCUCAAUCGCCAAUUCUAGACACAGCAGAGUCCUCUCCCAUCCCUGAGCCAGCUGAGCAAGCGGCUCAAGUCCCAGCUGAAACUGCGUCCGCUCCAGCUGCAGCUGCAGUCGCCGAGGUGGAGAGCAAGGAGCUAGUGUCGGAGAUAGUGAACGAUGUGCUCGACACGUUGGUCGAUGAAACCAUUCAGGCUGUGGCCGUCGCCUCCGAGCAGACCACACAGACCACGCCCACUCCCGAUGAUCAACCAGAGGUCAUUGAGGUAGCGACAGCAGCAGCUGGAGCAGCUGCUGUGCGGGUUAAGCCCACCGAGGUGGACUCCACCACGCAGACGACACCAAAGAACGAGGCCGAUGCACACAAGGCGCUCGAGGAGCUGCAAGACGUCGAUGAGGAUGUUCACGAUGUGCAGGGCACAGUCGAUGACGAGGACUACGUCGUGCAGACGCCACAGGCAACAGCUGCAGCUGUGGCCAACGAGGGAGCCACGCAGCUCGAGGGUAAUCACUACGCUGGUGGUGCUCCAGUUGGUGCUGGCGCCGAGGCUGGCAAACAGCAGCGCUCCAAGUCCGGCUCGACGCGACCUAUGUUCAGUCCGGGUCCCACACGUCCGCCGUUCCGUAUACCGGAGUUCAAGUGGUCCUACAUCCAUCAGCGACUGCUCAGCGAUGUGCUCUUCUCCCUGGAGACGGACAUUCAGGUGUGGCGCAGCCACUCCACCAAGAGUGUCCUUGACUUUGUCAACUCCAGCGAGAAUGCCAUCUUUGUGGUGAACACCGUGCAUUUGAUAUCACAGCUGGCCGACAAUCUAAUCAUUGCUUGCGGUGGUCUAUUACCGCUGCUCGCCAGCGCCACAUCCCCCCAACGUAAGUUUCCUUCGGAACUCGAUGUGCUGGAGCCCACACAGGGCAUGCCCCUUGAGGUGGCCGUCUCGUUUCUGCAGCGACUCGUCAACAUGGCCGAUGUGCUCAUCUUUGCCACCUCGCUGAACUUUGGCGAACUCGAGGCCGAGAAGAACAUGUCCAGCGGCGGCAUCCUGCGCCAAUGCCUGCGACUCGUCUGCACCUGCGCCGUGCGCAACUGUCUCGAGUGCAAGGAGCGCACUCGCUACAAUGUUGGCGCCCUGGCUCGCGAUGUUCCCGGCGCCGCACACCUUCAGGCGCUCAUUCGUGGCGCCCAGGCAUCCCCAAAGAACAUUGUGGAGUCUAUUACCGGUCAAUUAUCUCCCGUCAAGGAUCCUGAGAAGUUGCUGCAGGACAUGGAUGUCAAUCGAUUGCGCGCCGUCAUCUAUCGCGAUGUGGAGGAAACAAAACAGGCGCAGUUCCUAUCGCUGGCCAUCGUCUACUUCAUAUCGGUGCUGAUGGUAUCGAAAUAUCGCGACAUAUUGGAGCCACCAGCAGAGCCACAAAUACAGCGUCAAUCACCAGUGCUGCAGCGCAGUUCCGCAAGCGAUGCCGCCAGUGCGCGUCCUUUGUUCCCACAAUGGUCGCAUCACGUCUAUCCGCAAUUUCUGCCCGAAUCGCAUCAGAAUCACGUUGCCGCCGCCUCCAUGCAACAGCAGCAGCAACAGCAGCAACAACAACAGCAGCAACACUACUAUCAGCAGCAACAGCAACAACAUCAGCAGCAGCAGCAGCAACAGCAGCAGCAACACAAUCACAGUCAUCAUCAUAUGGCUGCUGCCUACUAUCAGCAUCAGCAUCAGCAACAUGUCAACGCACAGCAGCAGCAGCAACAACAGCAGCAACAGCAACAGCUGGGUGGCAACAUUUCACCACCGCCACCAAUGGGCACACACUCGACAAGUUCGUCGGCCAGCUCGACAGCCACAUCGCAGCCAGCUUCGAGCUCAUCGCUGUCGUCGCUCGCCUCGCAGAGUCAGCAACAGUUGCCAUCAACAGCAACACUACAGCGUCAGCAACAGCUGCACAAGCAUCAACAGCAGCAGCAGCAGCAGCAGCAACACUAUCAUCCACAUCAGCCGCACUAUGCGCUAAUCAACGGACAUCAGCAACAGCAGCAACAGCAGCAGCAGCAGCAACAGUUGCACAAUGGCAAGCAUAGCCACUAUGAGAAUGGCAGCAACACUGCUGCUGGCUAUCAUCAUCAGCAUCCACAUGCGGGCUACAUGCGCAGCAUGGCACUGAACGGUGAACAGCAGCAACAGCAACAGCAACAACAACAGCAGCAGCCACAGAAUGGUCUUGGCCAGGAGCAGCAGCAACAUCAUCAUGCUGCUGCAGCUGCUGCUGCUGUUGGUGGUGUUGGUAGCCUGCUUAAUGGUCAUGCCAGCAGCAAUGGCAGCAACAACAAUGGCAACAUCAUUACCAGCAGCAACACCAGCAACAACAGCAACAACAGCAAUGUCAAUGGCAGCAACAACAACAUGCGCAACUUACGCAAUGGACACGCGGCAGCAGCCACAGCGAACGCAACGGCGGCAACACAAGCAGCGGCUGCUGCGGCUGCUGCUGCUGCUGCCGCUGGCGGAGCUGGAGGCGGUGGCGGUGGCGUAAGCGGAGGCGUAAGCGGAGGCGGAGGUUGCCUGGCCAUGAAUAUGGGCAUGGCCAUGGGCAUGCCCAAUGUGGGCGUUGGAUUGCACGAUGGAGGCGCCGCGUAUAAAACGAAUGCCAUCAAUAACAAUUAUCGCUACAAUGGACGCAAUGCUGGCCCCGGAACAGGCGGCCGUCAAAUCCAGGAUAGUGAUUAUGAGAUUAUCGUUGUCGAUGAGAACAAUCCCUCCGUGUUGGCGGACAACGAUUCCCACUCGAGUGGUCCACCAUCCAUUAAGGCUCAUAACAACAACAACAACAACAACAACACUAAGACUACAACAGUAACAACAACAACAACAACUACUACAACUGCAACAGCGACAACAACUGUAAAAUCAACAACAACAACAACAAGCAAAGAUACUAUCAAAAUUCAACAACAACCAUUGUCACCACCAAAGCCAAUGGUCCCACUCAAGUUGCCAAAGAGCGUCGACUCGGAUGUGGGCUCCUUGAACAUGAACUCAACGGAGAACGAAGUGGUCGAGGUGGAGUCAUCCAGCGACAUUCUCGCCGACGAGCACAAACCGAGCAACUCCAACGACGAGAGCUGGACGGAUGUGAACCUGAACGAAGACGCCGCUGUGCAGGCGGCCGCAAGUGCCGGACUCGUUGUGGGACUUGUCGAUGGCAGCAAUGCAGCCAACAAACACGAUGUCCAUCAGCAACAUGGCCAGCAACAGCAGCAGCAACAACAGCAACAACAGCAAGGUCCGGGUAUGGGAAUGAUGGGAGGAUCGGAGCGGGGCGAUAAACCCGACUCGGAGAUCUCGGUGGUGCGUGUGCCCGAUGGCUAUGGCGCCGCCGUGUCAGCUGGCAAUGUGAGCGGCGGUGGCGGUGGCGGUGGUAAUAUGCCUGGCAACAAUGCAGCCGGCAAUGGCAGCAGCGGUGCCGUUGGUGUUGGUGUCGGUGUCGCUGGCGGACAACAGCAGCGCAGUCGACCCGACGAGCUGCCAAUGAAGCCGCCAGCUCUCGUUGCCCAGCUGCCGCUGACGACGCCGUCGCGUGAGGCGAGUCUCACCCAAAAGCUGGAGAUUGCCCUCGGUCCCGUCUGUCCGCUGUUGCGUGAAAUCAUGGUCGACUUUGCGCCGUUCCUCUCGAAGACGCUCGUCGGUUCGCAUGGCCAGGAGCUGCUGAUGGAGGGCAAGGGUCUGACGACGUUCAAGAACUCGCACUCGGUGGUCGAGCUGGUGAUGUUGUUGUGCUCCCAGGAGUGGCAGAACAGUCUGCAGAAGCAUGCGGGUCUCGCCUUCAUCGAGCUGAUCAACGAGGGACGUCUGCUCUCGCAUGCGAUGAAGGAUCACAUUGUGCGCGUGGCCAACGAGGCGGAAUUCAUACUGAAUCGCAUGCGGGCCGACGAUGUGCUCAAGCACGCUGACUUUGAGUCACAGUGCGCCCAAACGUUGCUCGAGCGCCGUGAGGAGGAGCGCAUGUGCGAUCACCUGAUCACUGCGGCAAGGCGUAGGGAUAAUGUGAUUGCCAGCCGGUUGCUGGAGAAGGUCAGGAAUAUAAUGUGCAAUCGCCAUGGGGCUUGGGGCGAGGCCAAUGGCAGUACUGGAAAUGGAAAUGGAAAUAGUAAUGGCUCGGUAAUGGGUUCGCAGUUGGCGCUGCACAAGAGCACCUACUGGAAGCUGGAUGCGUGGGAGGACGAUGCUCGUCGGCGCAAGCGCAUGGUGCAGAAUCCCCGGGGAUCUUCGCAUCCCCAGGCCACGUUGAAGGCGGCCCUGGAGAACGGGGGACCCGAGGACGCCAUUCUACAGACUCGUGAUGAGUUCCACACUCAGAUCGCUGUGUCGCGCGCUCAUCCCUCGUCGCAGCACAACAGCGAGCUGCUCGACGAUGCCGAGCUCCUCAUCGAGGAUCGAGAAUUGGAUCUGGAUCUAACGGGACCCGUCAACAUCAGCACCAAGGCGCGUCUGAUAGCGCCUGGACUUGUGGCGCCGGGCACUGUGUCGAUAACGAGCACCGAGAUGUUCUUUGAGGUCGAUGAGGAUCACCCGGAGUUCCAUAAGAUCGAUGCCGAGGUGCUGAAGUAUUGCGAUCAUUUACACGGCAAAUGGUAUUUCUCCGAGGUGCGUGCGAUCUUCUCGCGUCGCUAUCUGCUGCAGAACGUGGCCCUCGAGAUCUUCUUGGCCAGCCGCACCUCGAUACUGUUCGCCUUCCCCGAUCAGCAUACGGUGAAGAAGGUGAUCAAGGCGCUGCCUCGCGUCGGCGUCGGCAUCAAGUACGGCAUACCGCAGACGCGUCGCGCCUCGAUGAUGUCCCCUCGUCAGCUGAUGCGCAACUCGAACAUGACCCAGAAGUGGCAGCGUCGCGAAAUCUCCAAUUUCGAGUACUUGAUGUUCCUCAACACGAUCGCCGGUCGGACCUACAACGAUCUGAAUCAGUAUCCCAUCUUCCCCUGGGUGCUGACCAACUACGACUCGAAGGACCUGGACCUCAGUCUGCCGUCAAACUAUCGCGAUCUCUCGAAACCGAUUGGUGCACUCAAUCCGUCGAGGCGCGCUUACUUCGAGGAACGCUACGAGAGCUGGGACAGCGAUACCAUACCACCAUUCCACUAUGGCACACACUAUUCGACGGCGGCCUUCACCCUCAACUGGUUGGUGCGCGUCGAACCGUUUACGACCAUGUUCCUGGCCCUGCAGGGCGGCAAAUUCGAUUAUCCGGAUCGGCUGUUCUCCUCCGUCUCGCUGAGCUGGAAGAAUUGCCAGCGCGACACGUCCGAUGUGAAGGAACUGAUACCCGAAUGGUAUUUCCUGCCCGAGAUGUUCUACAAUGCGUCCGGCUAUCGGUUGGGACAUCGCGAGGAUGGCGCUCUCGUUGAUGACAUUGAGCUGCCGCCGUGGGCGAAAAGUCCGGAGGAAUUUGUGCGCAUCAAUCGCAUGGCACUCGAAUCGGAGUUUGUCAGCUGCCAGCUGCAUCAGUGGAUCGAUCUGAUAUUCGGUUACAAGCAGCGCGGUCCCGAAGCCAUUAGGGCCACCAACGUGUUCUAUUACCUCACCUACGAGGGCAGCGUCGAUCUCGACGGUGUCUUGGAUCCGGUGAUGCGCGAAGCGGUCGAAAAUCAAAUCCGUAACUUUGGCCAAACACCAAGCCAACUGUUGAUGGAGCCGCAUCCGCCGCGCAGCUCGGCGAUGCAUCUGUCGCCGAUGAUGUUCAGCGCAAUGCCCGAGGAUCUGUGCCAGAUGCUUAAGUUCUAUCAGAACUCGCCGGUCAUCCACAUCUCGGCGAACACGUAUCCGCAGCUGUCGCUGCCCUCGGUGGUCACGGUGACGGCGGGACAUCAGUUUGCCGUGAAUCGAUGGAACUGCAAUUAUACCGCAUCCGUCCAGAGCCCGAGCUACGCGGAGUCGCCACAAACGCCGGGCUCCAAUCAACCGCUGACAAUCGAUCCAGUGUUGGCUGUGCAUGGCACCAACAACAAUAGCAAUGCGGUCAGUCGCCGUCAUUUGGGCGAUAACUUUAGCCAGAUGCUGAAAAUACGCUCCAAUUGCUUUGUGACCACCGUCGACAGCCGUUUUCUGAUUGCCUGCGGCUUCUGGGACAACAGUUUCCGUGUGUUUGCCACCGAAACGGCGAAAAUCGUGCAAAUUGUAUUCGGACACUUUGGCGUCGUCACGUGCAUGGCACGCUCUGAGUGCAACAUCACCUCAGACUGUUAUAUUGCCUCCGGUUCGGCUGAUUGCACUGUGCUCCUCUGGCAUUGGAAUGCACGCACCCAGAGCAUUGUCGGCGAGGGCGAUGUGCCGACGCCGCGGGCCACAUUGACGGGUCACGAGCAGGCUGUCACCUCGGUGGUCAUCAGCGCCGAGCUGGGACUCGUUGUCUCUGGCUCAACGAAUGGCCCCGUUUUGAUACACACAACAUUCGGCGAUUUGCUGCGCUCGUUGGAUCCACCCGUUGAUUUCCACUCGCCAGAGUUGAUAACAAUGUCUCGUGAGGGCUUCAUAGUCAUUAACUACGACAAGGGCAAUGUGGCUGCUUACACGGUCAAUGGCAAGAAGCUGCGCCACGAAACGCACAACGACAAUCUGCAGUGCAUGCUGCUGUCGCGCGAUGGCGAGUAUCUGAUGACAGCUGGCGAUCGUGGCAUUGUCGAAGUGUGGCGCACUUUUAAUCUGGCACCGCUCUAUGCCUUCCCCGCCUGCAAUGCGGGCAUACGCUCGCUCUCGCUCACACACGAUCAGAAAUAUUUGCUGGCUGGCUUGUCAACUGGUUCGAUAAUUGUGUUCCACAUUGACUUCAAUCGCUGGCAUCACGAGUAUCAGCAGCGUUACUAGAGAACUCGUCGCUCGCUACUCGCCACUCGCUACUCGCUCGUUCCAUGUCAGUGCAGCGAAAUCAAAAAAAUGUGUGAGAAACAGAAACAGAGAGAGAGAAAGAGAGUGCAGGCAAGUAAACGAGCAGAAACAAUGUACUUAACUAAAACCGAUGAAAAGUGAAACAGCAGAAAGAAGAAGAAGAAGAAAUCGCGAGAUCAUAAGAACGAGAACGAGAACGAAUGAACGUUCGUUGUUCAAUAUUUGUUUGUUUCUUUAUAUGUUUUAAACUUGUUUUUUUUUGCCCUCUUAUCGAUAGACAUUUACAAAUACUAGGCUUAUAAGCGAAAGAAAGAAAACAAAAACAAAAACCUAACAAAAUAUAUAUAUUUUUUUUGUCUAGCAUUACUUAUGAUAAUAGCAUAUUAAUUAGUACUUGUAUGUUUGGUGUGAGCCAGUCAAAAGAAAAACACUUUUUUUUUUACUAGUUAUACGACGUGUAGUAUAUGUAUUAAGUUACGGACGAAAUAAGAAAAAAAUUAAAGAGAAAAGUUAAUGGAAAUUGAUGUCGAAAGAGAAAAUGAGAAACAAAAACCAAAAAACACACACACAGAAGCAAUUCCCGCGGCUUAAGUUGAGUAGUUUUAAUGCAACAAAAUAAAUAUUGAAUGAGAAGCGACGAGUUAGUGUUUAUAAAACGCAAUAAGCGCAAUAAACUUAAACUGAACAAAAACAAAAAAAAAAAUGAUACACAAAUAAUAACAAUUAUGAUAAUAAACUAAUGAAAUUAACAUAAUGCGAGUAUUGCUUAAAAAUUAUGAUGACACAGAAAAGGUAUUUCUUAUAAUAACAGAAAACGUAGCAAAAGUUCUCACAAAAAAUUAUAGAUAAACAACCACAAAAUGAAACGAAUUGAAGUGAAGAAAAGAAGUAACGGAAACGAAACGAAACAAAAUGAAACUAAGCGGCCAAAUGAAAGAGAAAGAGAGAAGAAUAAGAAGAAGAAGCCAAUUUUUAACUAUGCUUGCGUCACAAAAAAACGGAUGGAGAAGAAAGCUUAACAAAUAAACAAGUAAAAGACACAGACACCCAAAAGAAGAAGAAGAGACAAUGCCAACGCAAUAAAUGUUAAAUCGAAGAAAGAACACAGAGAAAAGAGAAGAGAAGAGAAGCGAAGCGAAAAAGACAAGCGAACUCGACUCGAGGUGAAAAGUUAGCGACUAGCGCAGAAUACGCGAUAUUUUAAUAUAAAACAAAUAACAAAAAAACAGAAAAAAAAACAAUGAAAGCAUUAAUGAUACCAACAAAAAGAAAAAACUAGUUAAAAAUGCAACUAACUCAAGCUAAAAAAAAAAAAACAAAACAAAAAAACAAAACUAAUUUAUCAAAACUGCUAAAAGCUAAAUUACAAAAUAUUAAAGCAGAGAUAAUACGCAACAACAAAAAAAAUAAAUUAAACACAAAUAUGAGAAUAUAAAAAUACCAUAUGCAAGAGUAUAAUGUUAACAAAUAACACGCAUACGCCGCAUAACACAGCACAGCAAAAACUCCCAAACAAAAACCAAAUUUUUUUUUACAUGUUUUUCCAUUUUUUUUGCUACACUUUUUUCAAUUGCGUCCAAAAAGAAUGAAAUCAAAACGAGAAGGAAAACGCGAACGAACUGAUUUUUGUUGUUUUUGUGGCUUUGAAUUCGUUGCGUUUGCUUCACGUUUCAGACAACAAAAAAAAGAAAAACCUUCCUUGAAAACCUUAAACACGUACGUCCAAAACUUAUAUUUAUACAAGCUCACGGCAUCGAUGUCCCCCUCUAUGCUAUAUAAUGCUUAUGGUGUGUGUCUGUAAGACACACGAACAGAAAGAAAGGAAAGAGAAAGAGAAAGAUAAAGAUAAAGAGAAAAAGAAAGAAGAGCGCUGCAAUUUGGCAAUUGGAAAUGGAAAUGCAAUUGGUCUUCCUCUGGCUAAGGCAGGCGGCGCAUAUCAUCAAUUGAUUCUUGUUAUUAUUACUAUUAUUUAGUCAAGUGAAUGAUGAACGUAUUAUAUUAUAUACAUAUACAUAUAUAUAUAUAUAUAUAUAUAUAUAUUAUGUAUAAAGACAUAUGCUAUAUACAUAUAUACAAGUAUAUUUCCCCAAAAAAAAAAGAAAUCCAUCCAAGUCGCCAUUUGCACUUACUGCUUAGUUUUGUACAUACAACUAGGACACACACACACACACACACAUACACUCCACACACACACAUACACUCCACACACACACACACGCAAAGUACUUCAAGUAGAACAUGAACAUUCGGUUGUAACAUUGGCCCCCCACAAACAAAAAUUCUGAAGGCCACAAUCAAAGUAAGCCCAUAAAAGAAUAUUAAAAACGAAAAACUUAAAAACGAAAAAUGAUGAUAACUUUACUGAACAUAAAACUAACCAAAAAAAAAAAAAAAAGACAAAAGAUAAGAGCACGAAAUUCGUAAUGUUUCUUGUGUUGUGUAGCAGGCAAAAAAAAAAAAAAAAGAAAUAAAAUAUUAAAAUGAAAAUCAAACUUCGGCUUGCCGAAGCUGACUAAUUAGCUAUUUUAUCUUAUUCUUAUUCAAAUUUUUUUUUACUGUUUAUUUGUUUUUUUUUUUUAUGUGUAGAAAUGUAUUUGACUUAUCAACUGACUAAAAAUGGCAUCCAUCCAAAAUUUAUGUACUUAAAGUUGAACUUUGAAAUUGCAGCAAAAAUGCAAUGGCGAAAAAAUAAUAUUAAAAUGCAAAACUUAAUCAAUUAUUAUAAUUAAAAUACAAUUAUGCUGCAAUUUAUACUUUGUUUUUAUUACCUAAUUAUGUAUGUAUGUGUAUUGUAUGUGUAUGUGUGCAUGUGUGUGUGUGUGUGUGUGUGGAUAAUUUAUGUUAAUUUGUUGUCGGCAAAAUUAUAUAAAUAUUUUAUAACCAAAUGACAAAAAACGUGAACUUUAAAACAUAUUUUUCUCGCUUUUUGUUUGUUGUUCGAUUUGCUUUUUUGCAUUUAACAUAUAUACAUAUAUGCAACUGCAAGAGGCACAUCAUUUCGUAUGUAAAUAAUUUGAAAGCGACGUAAGCUAAUUAAAAUAAAUACAAACGCAAUUAAUAAUAAUUAUUGAAUAAACAUCAUAAUUGAGUUCACAUAUUUUGGGCAAGUUAAUUAAACGAAAAAAAAGAAGAAGAAAAACCAAUUUAAUGAUUGACAAAACAAAUACUACUAGUAACUUAAAUGUUGUACAUAAAUCGAGAGCUAGCUUAAAGAUAUGUACUUAAUUUUAAUGAAAUUAUGUUGAUUACACAAGAAGCCUAAACAAAGUAACUAAACAGCCAAAAUACGCAGAAAGCAAAGCGGAAGAUAAAAGAUGACGAAAUGAAAAACAAAAAAAACAAAAAUAAAUACAGCAAAGCAGAAUUUACAUAACAGAAAAGCCUAAAAAGAAUAAAGAAUAAAAAUAUUAUAAUUAUAUCGAUAUGCAAAAGCAGUAACUAAAUAUAUAAAUAUAAAUACAUUUUUUUUUGUAAGAUUAUAAUGUUUAGCUAAUAAACUGACAGCAAAUGGCAUAAAUACACAUAAAUGAUUAACAAAAAAAACAUAAAAAAACAAAGGGCGAGCGCCAAACAAUUUUAAAUUUAUGCAGUUUUUAUAGAAGUUAACAAAUGGCAAAAAUACAACAACAAGAAUAAAGAGAUAAAGAGAAUUACGAUAAAUACAGCAAAGCGCAUGGCAUAUUGUAGUAAAUAAUUAUAAAAACAAAAACAAAAGCAAAAACAAAAAAGAAACUUACUUGCAUAAUGUUUUUAUUAAAGAACAACAAAUGGCUGACAAUUUUAAAUUUAUACAAAUGAUGAUGAAAAUGCAAAAAAAAAAAAAAAAUAAUUAAAAAUAAAAUAAAAUAAUUAAGAAUUUAUUCAUGCACGUGCAAAUUAUUUAAUAUAAAUUAUUUACAAGAAAACUCACACACAUGAAAUAUUAAUGAAAUACAAGUAAAAUAAAAUGAUUUAUGUACACACACACACACACACAUACACACACACACACAGAUAAACGACAUUCACCUUAGCGUAAAUUUAAUAACAAAGCUAAAAUAAUGAAACACAUUUCUUGGCGCUUUUUACUGAAAACCAUAAAAAAAAACACAUGAAAAACUGUGCGUUAAAAGCCUAAAAAAUGAAAUAAAGAAUUAAGAAAGAAAAUAUGAAAAUUAUAAAUAUUGUACUUGAACAUAUAUUUUGUCAAUAAUGUUAAUUAGCAACUAACAAAUGCAAACAAAAAAAAAACAAAAUGAAAAAUAAAAUAUAAUAAUAA